AUGCCCAGUGAGGAUGAUCAAGACGGUGACAGGAGUGAUGCGAGCUCAAAGGUUCCUCAUGUGCUGACUGAAGGGUUUCUUGCCAUGGCUCAAGAGCUUUUGGUUCACAUCUUCAGUAUGGCGAUUACCUACUUGACAGCUCUUAAGAUUUCCAAUCUUAUAGCUGAUACCCAAGUCAAGCUCUUUUCUGACUACUUAACUUAGCAGAUGGAAAAUUUUGGAAUCAACUGUGAGUAUGACCAGUGUGCUCCAUUGAAGGAAAAUGAGAACUUUGCUCUUGAUUUCCAGCAGUCAUCUCGUGACCCCAUAGAACAAGAAAUGAACCUUCUGAUGAAUGCUAAGGUUGACAAAGUAGACAGUGGCUUUCAGCAAAAUAUUACUACUUUCCAGUUUCUUUCUCAAAGUCUGAGUUGUAAUGAAACAAAUCCCAAAGAGAAGAUCCAGGAGAGACUGUCUGAUAACAUCCAAGAUCAAAAAAGUGUCACAGCUAUGAUGGCAAAUCUUCCAGACCUAAUAAUUCAAUGCAUUCAGUUGGACAAGAAAUGUAAUGAAAAGCCAGAGCUCCUACAGUCAGAAGCCCAGCUCCCAGAGUUGGCUUUCCCGAACCAUCCCCCAUCCUUCUCCAGCUCCAUGUGUCCACCACCCAAGGAAGAGCCUAUACAACUUCGAGGAGGUCUGCCUCUUACUCCAGCCAAAAGAGCCCGCCAACAGGAAAGUCAGUUGUGCCUCUACUGCAGCCAGGCUGGUCACUUCACAAAAGACUGCCUUGCCAAACGUUCUCGAGCCCCAGCAAGGACAAAUAACCCAGAUCACCAGUAA